GGUCCCCGCCGGAGCGAGAUGGGGGGAGGCCCGCGGACGUUCCCGGGCGGGCUGUCCAAGUGGCAGCACAAGCGGAUGCACGAGAAGCUGGCGCGCCACAAGGAGCGGGGCCUGCUGCGCCACGAGAAGCAGCUCUACCUCGCCCGCCUCCGCUCCGAGAUCCGCGCAUCCCACCUCCCCGCCCCCGACCGCGGGCCCACCUCCUCGCGCGCCCACAUCCGGGCCCUCGCCGACCGAUUCCUCCGCCCCGGAGCCGAGGACCUCUGGAACGACGACGACGGGCCGCUCCGUCGCGCCAGGCCUCCGCUCCCACUCCCGCAGCAGCAGCAGCAGCCGCCGGCGAGGAGCCUGCCGUCCGGUGUCCGCUUGGUCGACUGGGACCAGGAGAAGCCGCCUCGGAGAGGAGGAGGGGAUUGGAAGCACUGGGAGGAGCUGGAUUCCGAGGAGCCAAGCGCUGGGAACGAGCCACAUCUGCCCCCGGUCAAUCCCAAGAGAGGCUUCGGCCAGAGGAGGGAGUACGGAACAGUGGCUCCCUGGUGGUGGCAGUGGGGUUCUCGCUCUGCCACAGGAUUACAAAGAAAGGAUGCGUCUCUCGGCUUCUUCAGCCCAAACCGAUGCUACUCGGCGGCUCCUCCUCCUUGCCAGCCCCAUCGACGAUCAACCGGCGCGCUCAUGCCACCGGGUGCGACACAGCUUGCCGAGGUUGGGAACGGAACAAAGGGCACACCCCUAGCGCUGCUCAAUCAGGAGAGGAUGUACGCGGUCGCUGCGCGGCGGUUUGGGCAGAGAUGGGGGCGGGACUCGUCGGACGAGGAUCAGGAGGGUGCCCCGGCCGCCAAGAGGGAUCUGAGGCUGAGGAAGUUCGUUGAUUCGAGGGAGGAGGAGGAGUCGGAAGACGAUGAGCCAGAGGGGGAGGGGAGCGCCAUCAGGAGGAAAUGGAGCAGUGCGGCUCUGAGGAACUGCGACAUGAAGAAGGAGAGGAGGGUGCAGCUCAAGACGUACGAGGAAGAGAGCAACGAUAUCGCCGGUAGGAUCCAGGAGCUGCGAGAGGAGAUCAGGAAUAGGGAGGUGCUCGGCGCUGAGAGGAGGCGUUAUGAGUCGAGGGGUGAAUCUUUGUUUACCAACAAGAGAUUCGAUGAGUUUGGCAUCUCCCCACUUACUGUAAAAGCGCUCACUGAUGCUGGAUACGUACAGACAACUGUUGUGCAGGAAGCAGCUCUUCCAGUUUGUCUUGAAGGUAAAGAUGUUCUUGUCAAGGCCAAAACUGGAACCGGCAAAAGUGUAGCUUUUCUGCUUCCUGCAAUUGAAUCAGUCUUGAAUGCUAUGAAGAGCAACACAAACCACCGAGUGUCUCCAGUAUAUGCCCUUGUUCUUUGCCCUACAAGAGAGCUUGCUGUCCAGGUUACAGCUGAAGCAAAUGUUUUGUUGAAGCACCAUCAUGGAGUGGGUGUUCAGUCUCUUAUUGGCGGAACUAGAUUCAAGCUUGAUCAGAGGCGGUUAGAGUCUGAUCCAUGCCAGAUUUUAGUAGCAACACCUGGUAGGCUGCUGGAUCACAUUGAAAACAGAUCUUCGUUUUCUGUCCGCUUGAUGGGACUAAAGUUGCUCGUGUUGGAUGAAGCUGAUCAUUUGCUAGAUUUGGGUUUUCGCAAAGACAUAGAGAAGAUUGCUGAUAGCUUGCCACGCCAAAGACAGACAUUACUGUUUUCAGCUACUGUCCCAAAAGAGGUUCGAAGGGUUUCACAGCUAGUUUUAAAUAAGGAUCAUGUCUUUGUUGAUACAGUGGGCCUGGGAGCUGUUGAAACUCCUACUAAGGUGCAGCAGCAAUAUCUCGUGGUACCACAUGAACUGCACUUUCAUAUGGUCCAUCGCCUUCUUCGAGAGCAUAUUGAUCAGGAAGUGAACUAUAAGGUGAUUGUCUUCUGCACAACAGCCAUGAUGACUGAAUUUAUGUACAUAAUGCUUCGAGAUUUGAAGCUGAAUGUCAGAGAAAUACAUUCAAGGAAGCCUCAGCUUUACAGAACACGCAUAUCCGAAGAGUUCCGCGAUUCCAAUCGCCUGAUUCUGGUAACAUCAGACGUUUCAACACGUGGAGUGAACUAUCCAGAUGUGACCCUAGUGCUGCAGGUCGGUGUUCCUCCUGGCAGAGAGCACUAUAUUCACCGUCUUGGAAGGACCGGAAGGGAAGGUAAAUCCGGGAAAGGAGUCCUGUUGAUCGCGCCGUGGGAAGAGUAUUUCUUGAAGGAGGUACAGGAUCUUCCGAUAGAGAAGGGGCCUGUGCCACAUAUUGAUCCGGAGAUGAAACAGAAGGUGGAUGAGUCGAUUAAGAUUGUUGACAUGAGCAUCAAGGAAGCCGCCUAUCACGCCUGGCUCGGGUACUAUAAUUCAAUAGCUGAUGUAGGAAGAGACAAAGCCAUGCUCGCCGACCUGGCAAGUAGGUUCUGCGUGUCUAUAGGCAUGGAGAAGCCUCCGUCGUUGUACAGGAAAACCGCCAUGAAGAUGGGGUUGAAAGAUGUACCGGGGAUCCGGAUCAGGAAAUGAAAUAAGGAAGCUAGUACUGGUAGUACAUUUUUCCAUGUCCCGCUUUUCGUUUCACUUGUACAUAAGGCUCUGCUUGGAAGCUCUGUAACUUCCUGCGGGUGUGUUGUACGGUGCAGAUAGAAAACCACUGAUUCAAACUCAUAUGUAGUAAAGGAGCGUUUGGGAGAAGAUAAAACUAAAAAGUAAGGCAUUACACAUAAGGUUUUAUUAUCA